GAAUCCCUUUUCCACUUUUUUUUUUUUCCUCCCUGAAAGUCCGAGAAAUUGAGACACUUGUGGCUUCUCCGCUGAGGUCGCUGAACGCUGCCGGCGAGUGGGCUCGUUAUACAGAGCGGGCGGCGACCCUGCGGCUCCGGCCCCGCACGGGGAGUCCCGCGGCCCUGCGGCGGGUCCGGCUGCCCCGCGGCACCGAGAACACUCAUCCCAGCGCUGGGUACCGCACCUGCCGCAUCCCUUCGCCCGCCAGGGCAGAGGCAUCGAGCCCAAACGUGGCGGUGGAGGGCGGAGCGUGGCCCCGGGCCGCCCGCCAACCCGCCCCUCAGCCCGGCGGCCAUUUUGGGGAGCGCUGCGGCGAUCGCGCGGCGCCCUCUGGCGGCUGCCCGGCCGUGAGCGGGCGGUCGCCCGCCAUGAAGUCCGUUUUUGUCACCGUGGGCACCACCAGCUUUGACGACCUGAUCGCGACCGUCUCCUCGCCGGCAGCCCUGCAGGUGCUGCGGAGCCGCGGCUACGAGCAGCUGGUGCUGCAGGUCGGGCGGGGCGCGCUGGAGCCGGCGCCAAGCGGCAGCGCGGCCGUGGCUGUGGAAUCCUUCCGCUUCAAGGACUCGCUGGCCCGGGACCUGCGGAGGGCGGACCUGGUCAUCAGCCACGCAGGUGCAGGUAGUUGUCUGGAGACGCUAGAAGAAGGAAAACCACUAAUAGUAGUAAUAAACGAAAAACUGAUGGACAACCAUCAGCUUGAACUGGCAAAACAGCUCCACAGAGAUGGGCAUGUCCUGUGCUGUAGUUGCAGCACUCUUGUGGAGACACUGCAGUCGAUGGACUUGUCAACUUUGAAACCUUUUCCUCCUGGACAGCCAGAAAAGUUUGCUUUGUUCUUGGAUAAAGUUGUUGGCUUUCAAUGUCCUGGAGGAGACGAGCUCUGCUGGGGCUCCUUUGGCGGGCGGGGGGGGCGGGCAGAGGAAACGACCCCGCGGUGCCCGGGCGUUAAGCAGGUAUUGUGGGCUCUCCCGGGGGGGGCACUGCUGCUUUUCGGGCAGGCAAAGGGAAGCAGCAAAGGGGCCCGGCGGGCAGGGGCCGCGCCCAACGCGCCCACCUGUGCAGCGCGGCCCCUCAUUAGCAGCAGCCGCGCGCCCUCGUGCCACGCGCAGCGCAGCGCUCCGCGCGGGGCCCCUCAGCGCCGCUUCUGCCGUUGCCGCUCCGGCCCUCGGCGCCUGGGGAGGAUGCAGAAGGGCUGGAAGAAGUACUUCGGGCAGAAGUCUUUCAGCGAGGUGGCCAUGGACGAGUACCUGGCCAGCCUGGGGUUGUACCGCAAGAUGACGGCCAAGGACGCCUCCUGCCUCUUCCGAGCCGUCUCGGAGCAGCUGUUUUCAUCACAAAUUCAUCACACAGAAGUUAGAAAAGCUUGUGUCUCGUUCAUGAGGGAACACCAGCAUAAGUUUGAAUCCUACGUGGAAGGAUCAUUUGAGAAAUACCUUGAACGACUAGGAGAUCCAAAGGAAAGCGCUGGCCAAGUGGAAAUGAGUGCUUUAUCAGUCAUGUACAAGCGAGACUUUCUACUGUACCGGUACCCUGGAAAGCCACCCAUUUAUGCUACAGACAAUGGCUUUGAAGACAAGAUUUUACUGUGCUGUUCCGGCAAUGGCCAUUAUGACUCUGUGUAUACAAAACAAUUCCAGGAAAAUGCUGCUAUUUGCCAGGCUGUAUUAUAUGAGAUCCUGUACAAAGAUGUGUUUGGCAUGGAUGAGGAAGAAUUAAGGUCUGCAGUUGAGGUGUUUCGAAGUGGAUCCAAGAAGAACAGAAACACUGGCUGUGUAGGAAGUGACGAUGCAAACUUUGAUGGUCUUCAUGAAAAAGUGUCCAGAAAUCCAUCAGAAAAGAGAGUGGACGACUGGCAAGGCAAUGAUACUGACAAUCCACAGGAAGAUAAGUUCAAACAAGCCAUUGAAGAAGAAAAGCUUCCAGAAAAUCCAUCAAAGAUGCCUGUUCCUUAUAAAGUCCUAAAGGCACUGGACCCUGAAAUUUAUCGAAAUGUGGAGUUUGAUGUUUGGCUGGACAGCAGAAAAGAGCUUCAAAAAAGUGACUACAUGGUGUUUGCUGGGAGACAGUACUAUUUAGGAGACAAGUGUCAGGUACGUCUGGAGCCUGGAGGUAAGUAUUACAAUGCUCAUAUCCAGGAAGUCGGACAGGAUGGCAGCACGUUGACUGUAUUCGUUGAGGAGCUGGCAGAAAAGCAUACAGUUCCUUUGGCAAACUUAAAACCAGUGACACAAGUGGCACCUGUCCUUGCUUGGAAUGUGGUUCCCAGCCGAAAAGGAGGAACCUAUCAUAAAAUAUCAGGUGGACACUUCUCAGGAAUAGAAAUGGAUAUGAAAACACGGAAGAGAAUGCUUAAGAAAGUUCGUGGAAAGGAAGUCUUUAUGACUGUGACUUAUACCAGGGGUCAGCCAGUUCUUCCACCCCGGCUACAGCACAGUGUUCCUUCAGGGCGCUCUCCGGUUCACUGCUCCCAGGGUGGUGGAAACGUGGCACCUUACGAACACUGUCAUCCUCAGAAUCCUCCUCAGAGCCACAACCGUGGAUUUGGGGUGCCAAGGGGAUCUGCCCGAUUUAUAAACAGGCACAACAUGGUUGGUCCUCAAAUAGCAUUGUGCCCCAGUCCAGGAAAGAGAUGCUAUCAGAGCUAUGACAAUUUCUCCUGCAGGCCCUGCUCCUACAGCCGUAGCCGCCGCCAGAUACAGGGUGUGAACAAGGAAUGUCAGUAUGGGUUUGUAGCAGGGCCUGGAGAGGAGCCGCAAGGACCAGAAGAAACAAUAACUUUCUAUGAAGUUGAAGGAGAGGGUGAUGCUGCGUUUCCUCCUUUAUCGAGCCAGGGUAGCCCUGCUCCUGUUGUCCAUGGCCCAGCAGGAUUUUGGGUACCAAGGAGAGGCCCAAACUCUGUUCCAUUGAACAAGCAAACCCUGAAUUCCUCAGAGGAGGAAGAAGAAACAAGUGAAAAUGGGAAAUGUCAUGAAGAAUAUAUCUACGCACCUCCAGAUCCUGACUGUGAAACUGCAACAGUAUUUAGUUCAGCAGAACCUACAGCAAACUUGGAAGAAGGGCCGGUCUCUGUGUCACCUCAAGAUGGAGUGGCUUCCUUCAGCUAUCCUCAGAAGGUGAUGGUGAACUCUGCAGCAGUCUCAACCUCAGCAGGUGUUUAUGCUGCUCCAGCUACAGGCUUCUCUUCAAGUUCUGAUGCCUCCACUCCAGCCAGUGUUGCAACAGCAGUUCCCCCACAAACAGCAGUUCAGCCAGUUGUAGUAUCUCCCCUUUCUAUAGGGAGGCCAGUAGUUUCUUCAGUGCCAUUCCCAGUUUACUCAACUCCUCUUCCUCCAGUCAGCGAGGUGGGAGAAGCUGGUGCCAUUCUUCCACCUUACUCUUGUGAUCCCAGUGGCAGUGAUCUGCCUCGAGAUACAAAAGUCUUGUGGUAUUAUUUUAAUCUGGGAUUGCAAUAUUAUCAUCAGAGCUGUUGGCCUCCCAUGAUGUAUGUACAGCCAGUGCUGCCACCCUCACCUGUGGAAGCUUACCCAUCAUACGCUGAGCCAGCCCCUGUCCUAGAUCAGGCAGCACCUCAGCUCUACACUGAUGCUGGGCGAAUGGAAGUCCACCAGGUUCCCUUGGAAGCACCUGCAAAUGGUAACUUCCAAAAUGCAGAGCCUCCACCCCUGUCCUACGGGCCAGUGUAUUACCCAGUCAUGUCAGACCCCUUCAGCCAGCAAUCUCUUCCUGGGUUUGAUUCUUUAGUACCUGCCUAUCGCUAUGUUAGUACCUGGCAUCCAGUAAAUCCACCGUAUGGAAAUUCUCCACAAAUUGCUAAUGCUGUAAGUUCUGGGCCACUGCACCAAGUCAGCUAUAUUGCCUCACCUAACCCUGCGCCUCAUGAUGUGCCUCAAGGAAUGUAAAUCUGGGAGCUGAGCUGUGAGCUCACUUCUUACCUUUGCUUUCUCUUGUUUCUUAUUUGUCAACUAUACGUUAAUAUUGUUUUGUAAAUGUUACACUUAAUGGGCUGGGUCAGUUGGUUAAACUGCUUUCAAAUGUCAUUUUUAGGUUAUGUUAGUGAUAGUUGACAAGAUGAUGUUUUGGUCAAUUAGGAAAGCAUAGGAAAAGAGUAUACACAAACUAUAGUGCAGGGAACACAAAACUUGAAUUUGACUACAUAAAGUAUAUGUGAAAACAUACUAUUGCUAAAAGAAUGUUGCAUCAUGUACCUCUAAGGGUUUGCACUGGAAUGCUUAGACAUGCGGUUCGUGUUUAAGCACUGAAAUAGGCUGACAUUACAACUAUGGGUAAAAAUUGGGCACAGGGUCAUUAGAGGAUGAAAAUAUGUGAAAUAGGUUGGCUUUCUCAGAUUUCGCAAAACAAAACUUCUUCACCACUACUCGUCACAUUUAUAAUAGCUGUAUUUCUUCUCAUUUCAUUCUGCAUAGGCUUCAUGACUCUUGAAAGCAUAAGAAUACUGUUUCGAUCUGUUGUAUAUUGCUGUAUGUUUGUAAGAUUUGUUUUGUGAAAGCUGUUGCAAAAAUGGUGGUAGUCUUGGUGUUUAAUUUGCACUGACAGCACAAAAUAAAAGCAUUGAACACAUGAAAA